AUGUCUGAAGCUAAAACCUGUUGUGGCGGUGCCUGUGUGAGCAAGUCUGGCUAUGAUUUGCUGACUUGGAAAGACCCAUCGGUCUCCGGCAAAGUGUUUGGAUCGUUAGUGGGAUCCCUGCUUUUGCUAAAAUCGGUCAAUCUGCUCAGUAUUGUCUUCUAUAUUUCCGCUUUUGUUCUGGCAGUUUCUGCACUGGGCGAGUAUGCCGGUAAGCUGGCCACAGGACAAGGUUUUGUCACCAGAUUCAGGCCAGAAUACAAGAACGUGAUUGGCCAGUACGCUGAGGAAUAUGCCAGCCAUGCAGCCAACCUCAUCAAGAAUGCCGAGCUCAAACUGCAGGAGAUCGUCUAUUCGAAAGACAUUGACUCCACCCUGAAGGUGGCCGGUGUUGCCUACAUCCUUUACAAGCUGACCUCCUGGUUCACCCUCUGGACUCUGCUCUUCACGGCUACUCUGACCGCAUUCUCUGUUCCUCCUGUCUACUUGAAGAACCAAAGACAGAUCGACGAUGCUAUCGUCACCUACACAAAGGUUGCCAAGGACAAGCUGGCCGAGUUGCUUCAAUUGAUCAAGGAGAAGACUGGUCCAGCUUUGGAGAACGCCGAGAAGAAGUUGGGCCCGGUCGGCAGCUUUAUCAGAUCCAAGGUUCCGGUCAGAACCGCUGGCUCUACUGUUGGGGACAUUCCAGCUGCAAACAGCACGGCCUCGACAGCCCAAUCUGCUCCGUCCGUUCCUUCUGCUGCUCCUUCCGCCUCCACCGAGACCGGUGACGACGCCAUCACCAACCCAUUGGCCGACGUGAAGAAACAGGCAGAGGCUGCUUUGUAA